AUGGACAAGAGAUCUUACCAUAAGACCAUUGUAAAGAGCGUUCCAAAAAGAAGGAUCAAAAGGGGACCUAACCAAAUCAAAGCUGAAAUCUCUAAAACUCUCUAUCAGUUUGCUCUUAGUCUCAGUAUCUUUGACGUCUACAACGCCUUGGAAGGAGACAGAUUUGAGAUGCUCGCUUGUUGCUAUGUCGAUUUGUUGUAUAAAUCUCUGCUUCAAACACUCAGGGCCAAGAAGCUGCAGAGCAAUAUGUCUCAUGUACCUGUGGAAGUCCUUGCCUUGCUUGAAGAACAAGUUAUCUUUCCCAAAGAUUCUAACAAGAGCUUCUGGAUAGCUCAUGAUGAAACACCUGUUCUCUUGUUUGAGAAUCUCAAAGUUCACUUCCGGAUCUGUCGAAACAAUCGUUUUAGAGCCGAGGAUAUUCGUCCGGAAUAA